CAUUUUUGUCAGCUCGACCAGAACGGGGCCGAGUUGAAAAAAGCGAACCGUGAAAACGUCACCACCGCGACAGCGUCUGUAUCGCCUCAGGCCGUCAAGCCAUACGCCACAGGCCACGUCGAAAGGUUUAGAGCCAGUUUGGGAGGCGCCAAUGUGGCAGUACCAAGUUCGGCCCGAGAGGGUCGGCUCGAGGGUUGGUGCACACGAAAAGCCCUUGACGAGGUGAAGAUGGUCUGGUCACUGUUCACUUUUGAGGCCAUGGCAACGGAAAUCUGUCACACGCGAAUGCAUGUUUGGACCUGCCGACUGCCAAGGCCCAGACCAGCUUUGGGGCCGUCAGUCAAGAGUGAGUUCAUUUAG